CCUCCGUCGGUACUCUGUGCGGACCCCGAAGCUCGUGGAACGCCGCGCACAUAAUCUCACAUUCAACGUCGAUUCCACCCAUUUUUCCCGCGAGUAAAUUGUUUGCAAAAAUCCUCGCGCAAUGUUGUGGAUUAUUCGCGAAAAUUGGUCUAUCAUCUGAUAUACCCGUCUCCGUGUCAGUCAGUGUCUCACCGGAUACCCGAGUGGAUCACUUUGCCAGCAUCUCCUGUGAAUAAAUAUAAUUUAAGAAUUUAAAAAAAAAACUUAUAAAAAUCAGGAAGAAAAGCUCAACGAACGAAACAUUUUUCUUCUUCUGUGUGUUAAGUGUUGUGUGGGUGAAUUGAAUACAGCAAAAAGGAGUGUGAAGGAAUAAAUAAGAAGAGUUUGUGGAUAAAAUGACCAAAGUCCUCUUUUUCGUUGCAAUUUUACUCUGCCUCCAAUUUAUCAGCGCUGAUGACGAUGAUGACAAGAAAUGCGAACCAAACAGUCACUUUAUGAUCGAUUGCAAUCGUUGUCGAUGCAGCAGAGAUGGUUUGAGCUAUUGGUGCACCCGAAUGGCAUGCGUUGACUUCACCAAACGUACAAAGCGUCAAGCAGUGGAGGAACAACGGCACGAUGAUGCCAAAUCAACGGAAAUUCGACCCGCGGAACACAAAGUCGAAGAUGCGGCAAAGCAGGAAGAACCGAAGCAAGAGGAAAAUGCAGAAGCAACCCCUGAGAAUGGAACAGUUUGCACACCAGGUGAUGUGAAACAUGAGGAUUGCAACAGGUGUAAAUGUGCCAACAAUGGCAUUGGAUGGUGGUGUACGAGAAAUGAAUGCCCCACAAGGAGACGGCGACAUCCACUCAUCCCAUGAAUGAUGUUGUAGCCUUCCACAACAACAACAAAAAACAAAAUAAAUCAUUACCUCACCUCUGUAAUUAAUGCUAAAUUAAAUAUAUAUAAAUGAAUUGUAUAAUCUGUUGUAAAA